ACAGAGAGACAAGGUUGUAUUAUUUGAUGGGCAAAUGCGAUGAUUGAUAUAACUGCCCAUCCUGACAUAAAGUAAUCAUUCAACUUACACACCACUCCCUCCCCAUUUCCUUUCCUUCCUAUUUAAUCUCCUCACCCUCCUAAACCAUACCACCCCUUAACUGCUUUUAUAUUCUUAAACAAUGAUGCUUAUUCAAAAGGAAGACUUGAGUUUGAGUCUAAGUUUGAACUUCCUUCACAAAUUCUCUUCCAAUUCCUCCGAUCGAAACUCCGAAACGUUAACACGAGGAAUCGACGUGAAUCGGUUACCAUCAACGGUUAUUGACUGCGAAGAAGAGGAAACAGGAGUUUCGUCUCCAAACAGCACAGUUUCGAGUGUUAGUGGAAAACGAAGCGAGAGAGAUGACGUGGACAGAGCGUGUUCAGGAGGGAAUAUUAGUGAUGAAGAAGACGCUGAAACCGCUAGGAAAAAGCUUAGACUCUCUAAAAACCAGUCAGCUAUUCUCGAAGAAACUUUCAAACAACACAAUACUCUCAAUCCCAAACAAAAGUUGGCACUUGCAAAGCAGCUUGGCCUUCGACCAAGACAAGUUGAAGUUUGGUUCCAAAAUAGAAGAGCUAGGACGAAGCUGAAGCAAACGGAAGUUGAUUGUGAGGUGUUGAAAAGGUGCUGUGAAAAUCUAACGGAUGAAAAUAGGAGAUUACAGAAGGAAGUUCAAGAGCUUAGAGCACUCAAACUUUCCCCUCAGUUUUACAUGCAAAUGGCUCCACCUACCACGCUUACUAUGUGCCCGUCUUGUGAGCGCGUCGCUGUUCCAUCCCAUCCUAUGGCCCAACCCCGUACUCGCCCCAUACAUAUUGGCCCAUGGGCUUCUUCUGCUCCACUUGCGCACCGCCCGUUUGAAUUUGAUGUUUUCCGUCGUUGACCACUCUUUUUUUAGGGUGAUUUAGUCAUUGUAAACUCCGAAGAGUGAGAAAACGGUUGUAGGUUGUAAUAGUGUGUUUCGGAAUCGUGUGUUGCAAAGUGCGGUCUCUAAACGUGAUUUUGGUGGGUCUUUAAUGUUUUGUAUCACUUUCACCCAUUAUCUUUUGUUUUUUGGCUGCGAUUAGGAAGGUUUUAGUUUAUAAAUACGUGACUUUUUUUUUUCUUUUCGAAAUUUACCGUAGACUUAGUGUAAAAUGCAUAUGUCUUAUCUAAACCAAAAAUGUUAAUUGUUAUCAAGAAAAGUAAUUAUGAAAGACAAGAAAA